CCGUUUUGCAGGUUUACUUUCACAGCGCUUGCCUGACAUUUGAUUCUCCUCAUAGCUUCUGCAGAGAGAAACUAAGAAGCCUUUGGAGGGGAGAGAGAGAGAGAGAGAGAUGAGCGUCGCAGCAGCAGCAGCAGCGGGCUACCUGGGUCGAAGAGCAGCACAGAAGGAGAGAGUGAGAAUCCUCUACCGCCGUGCUCUCAAAGACACUCUUAACUGGGCAGUCCAUCGCCACCUCUUUUACGAAGACGCCGAUCUUCUGCGCGCGAGGUUCGAAACAAGCAAACACGUGGAAGAUCCGGAUACAAUUGAUAGAAUGAUAGCUGAUGGCGAGGCGCAGUACAAUAAGUGGCGGCACCCUGAUCCUUAUAUUGUACCUUGGGCUCCUGGCGGCAGCAAGUUCACUCGGAACCCGACUCCACCUGAAGGGAUUGAGAUAGUGUAUAACUAUGGCCGAGAAGAUAAUGACUAGAACCCACUUCUUUUUGCAUGGCGAAAAAUAAAGAUUGAGAUGAUCUAUGACUGCUGCCGGAGAUAAUGUGAUAGAAGCCAGCAUCAGCUUUGUGCUAUUCAGUCAAGGCAGAAAUUGGACAUUAUGCAUGUUCCCAUUUUUCAUUUUAUGUAUUUGGCUUUUUUCUAUGAAGAAAGGAUAUGUGCUCUUUAAGUACCAAGCAUUCAUGAGAUGGUGCAUAACUGGAUUACUAAGGCAUUGGAUCCUUAAAGUGAAUAAUAACUUGUUUAAUUUGUUUCUUUUUCA